UAAAAUAUCCGGUUUAGAUAAGUUUUGUUUACAAACAUGUUUCGUUAUCUUUCAUCAUAAUUUGAAAGGAGUAGUAGGCCUAUAGGCCUAUUAAAAAUCAUGGCCAAAAAGAAGGGUAGUUUAGUUCAUAAAGAAAUUUAUCAAAGAAUAAAUUUUCUGUAUCAGGCAGCUCACCAGGCAUUAACAACAAGUCCAUCUGAUCUGAGUUUAUGUCGAUUUUAUAUCAAGACAUUGAGAGCCAUUACGCAGCGACAAGUUCUUCGUUUACAUCCGUAUAUAAAGAGAAGUAUCUGUAAGAAAUGUUGUGUUUUAUUGGUGCCAGGAAUAACAAUGUCAGUGAGAAUAAAAGCGAAUGGGGAAAAGUAUUCAGAGAUAACAUGUUUAGAUUGUGGGAAAAAAUGUAAGUUCCUGAAUAGAAAAAAUUAUCAACCCUGGUUUGAAAACCCUGAAGCCUGGAUGACAGUUUGAUAAGAUGAAAACAAAUGUACAGACAUGGACCCACAGUGAAGCAAGUAUCUGAAGGUGUGACAUUUCGACGUGGCUAAAUCAUCAAUCUACCCAAGUAUCUGAACUGAUUAUAAGAUCAUUAUGAAACAAUCUGAUUAAAACACAGAUCCUAUUUUGUUUUGUUUUUUUACAGUUCAAAAUUUCGUUUUACUUGUCUUUACUACAAUAGGAUCUGGAAGAGUUGUUAUAUUACAGGCGUUUUGGUUGAAGCGAGGGAUUAGCCAAUGAAACGGUCUGUUACAGCGACUUCUUGGUGUGCCAUGCAUGGAACUGUGGGUAAACCAUUAGAAACAUCAAUGCUGAUUGAUUAAUCAAUGUCUGAUGUCAUAGGGUCAAAAGCCACUUGUACGACCCCUGACAGGACCUUCCAGUACAUAGGGUGAAAAGCUGCUUGUAUGGUCCCUGACGCGAUCUCCCAGUACAACUGGUCAGUUCUUCAUGUAGUGUAGGCCAUCGAAAGUAUAAAAAACGGAACGAAAUAUAGAUCUGUAUUUUAAUCUGAUUAAUUAUGAAAGAGAUAGGGAAUCCUUGAUUAAAGGAAGUGUGUUCCAGGGUAAUGCAGAGAGAACAGACCAUAUUUUUUCAAGAUGGUUAACAUCAAAAAUUGUUUAUGGGAGUGGUAUUCGGUUUUUAAAUUUUCCAAAGAAAUAAAGUUGAUGAUUGUGAAAA